AUGGGCAGGAGGCGUCCUGCGGCGUGGCUGCCCCUGCACACCCUGGGCCACGUCCUGAUGAAGCAGAGCUAUGUGACUGCCCUCAUUGCCAUGAUGGUGUGGAGCAUCUCCUACCACAGCUGGCUGACCUUCGUGCUGCUGCUGUGGGCGUGCCUGAUCUGGAUAGUGCGGAGCCGCCGGCACUUCGCCAUGCUCUGCUCGCCCUUCCUGGUGCUCUACGCCAUCACCCUGUGCAGCCUGCAGUACGUCUGGGCCAUGGAGCUGUCCUCCGAGCUGCCCACCCGCAUCAGCUUCAUGCAGCUGCAGCUGCUGGGGCUGGCACACCCCCAGUACCCCUGCAUGGCCCUGGGCUCCAAGCUCCUGUUCACCCUCACCUUCUGGAUGCUGCUGAGGCGCUUCGUUAUGGAGAAGGUGCUAACGAGGAGGUCCCCGGCCACGCCGCUCCUGGAGGUGUCUGUCACGGACACAGACACCAGCCAGAUGCGGGAUGUGCUGCAGAAGCUGGGGGAGGUGGUGAAGAAUUUCUUUGCCAAGUUCUGGAUCUGCGUCUGCGCUGUCAAGUUCAUCGUGGUGACCUUUACCGGCCGCCUCGUCGUCUACAAGAUUGUCUACAUGCUCCUCUUCCUCCUCUGCCUCAUCCUGUUCCAGGUGUACUACAGCCUGUGGCGCAAGGUGCUCAAGGGUUUUUGGUGGCUGGUGGUGGCCUACACCAUGCUGGUGCUCAUCGCCACCUACACCUACCAGUUCGAGGACUUCCCCAUGUACUGGAGGAACCUGACGGGCCUCACUGAUGACCAGCUGAGCGACCUGGGCCUGGACAAGUUCAGCGUCUCCAAGCUCUUCUCCAGCAUCCUCAUCACGGGUUUCUUCCUGCUGGCCUGCAUCCUCCAGCUCCACUACUUCCACGAGCCCUUCAUGCUCAUCACCGACCUGGCACGCAUCCGCGCCCCCUCCCCGGCCCCCUGCCACAUCCCCAGGUCUGAGGAGCUGCACGGGAGCCGCCUGCUGCGGGACGCGGCCGCUGCCGAGACCGCUCGCUCCGGAGACUCCGACACCGAGUCCCUGGGGCCCAACAAAUGGGGGCUGGUGCUGGAGCGCCUGGUGGUGCUGGGCCGGACCUUCUCGGACACGGUGACGCGCGGGGAGGUCUUCGUGAGGCGCCUGCUGGAGCUCCACGUCGUCAAGAUGGUGGCUCUCUACACGGUCUGGGUGGCCCUGGAGGAGGUCUCGCUGAUGAACUUCUUGCUGGUGCUGCUGUGGGCCUUGGCCAUGCCCUACUGCCGCUUCCGCCACAUGGCCUCGUGCCUCUCCACCAUCUGGACCUGCAUCAUCAUCGUCUGCAAGAUGCUCUACCAGCUCGAGGUGGUGGAGCCCCACGAGUACUACAGCAACUGCACCCAGCCCCUACCCAACGGCACCAACCUGACCCCAGAGGAGCUGGCCAACUCCACGCUGUACCGCGGCCCCGUGGACCCUGCCAACUGGUUCGGCAUCCGGAAGGGCUUCCCCAACUGGCCCUACGUCAGGAACCACGUGCAGGUGCUGCUGCUGCUGGUGUUCGAGUCGGUGGUGUACCGGCGCCAGCAGUACCACCGCAAGCAGCACCAGCUGGUGGCCCCCGUCACCGAGACCAUCUUUGAGGACAUCUCCCGCCAGCAGCUCGACCUUGGCCUCGUCAGCUGCGCCAAAUACUUCAUCAACUACUUCUACUACAAGUUUGGCUUGGAGAUCUGCUUCCUGAUGAUGGUGAACGUGAUCGGGCAGCGGAUGAACUUCGUGGUGAUCCUGCACGGCUGCUGGCUCGUGGUGAUGCUGACGCGGCGGCGGCGCGCGGCCAUCGCCCGCCUCUGGCCCAAGUACUGCCUCUUCCUCGUCAUCUUCUUCCUCUACCAGUACCUGCUGUGCCUGGGCAUGCCGCCUGCCCUCUGCAUGGACUAUCCGUGGCGCUGGAGCGACACCAUUCCCCUCAACUCGGCACUCAUCAAGUGGCUCUACCUGCCCGACUUCUUCCAGGCUCCCAAGUCCACCAACCUCAUCAAUGACUUCAUGCUGCUGCUCUGCGCGGCCCAGCAGUGGCGCGUCUUCAAGGCCGAGCGCUCCGAGCCGUGGCUGCAGGCGGCCGGGGACAACUCAGACCGGCUGGACCGGGAGCAGGACUACUACAACCCCACCCCAAACUUCAUCUACUGCAAGUCCUACCUGGACAUGGUGAAGGUGGUGGUGUUCCACUACCUCUUCUGGGUCGUCCUCGUGGUGGUUUUCAUCACCGGUGCCAACCGCAUCAGCCUGUUCGGCCUGGGCUACGUGCUGGCCUGCUUCUACCUGCUGCUCUCGGGCACCGCCAUGCUGCGCAAGCCGGCCCGCGCCCGCCUCGUGCUCUGGGACUGCCUCAUCCUCUACAACAUCACCGUCAUCAUCUCCAAAAACAUGCUGUCGCUCCUGUCCUGCGUCUUCGUGCAGCAGAUGCAGAGCCACUUCUGCUGGGUGAUCCAGCUCUUCAGCCUCGUCUGCACCGUCAAGGGCUACUACAACCCCAAGGCGAUGCCCAAGGACCGAGACUGCACGCUGCCCGUGGAGGAGGCCGGCAUCAUCUGGGACAGCAUCUGCUUCUUCUUCCUCCUGCUCCAGCGCCGCAUCUUCCUCAGCUCCUACUACUUGCACGUCAUGUGGAACCUCCAAGCCUCUGCCCUGCAGGCUUCCAGGGGUGUGGCGCUGUUCAAGGCCAGCAUCCUGAAGAGCCUGCACUCGCACCGGCUAGCCGAGAAGAAGUCGCUGGACCAGCUGAAGCGGCAGAUGGAGCGGAUCCGAGCCAAGCAGCAGAAGUACCACCAGGAGCUUCUGCCCGGCAGCGCUGACCCGGGGCAGGAAGGGGCCAGAUCAGGUGAGAUCUGGGGUCCUCAAGUGUCCCCAACCCCUCUCUGGCCACACGGGUGGCGCUGUGACCCGCUG